GUUUUUGGAUCAAUUUAUACCAAACUUUUAAAAUGAAUUCUGACCAAACUUGUUCCAUAAUGUCUGUCAAAGUUAUUGUGGUGCUGUAUAUAAUGCUUGGAUUUGCGAGUUCUUUUCUUCUCGUGAAUUCAAGUGCUAACAUAGGAGCCAAUGAGUAUAGGGAUCUUAUUAGUCUAUUUGUCGAUGAGAAAAACGCAAGGCAUAUACUUGAAAACAGACUAGAUAAACUGGAACAAUUCAACCUAGCAGUUACUAAGGAGCUUCAGAAAGACAAGAAUAAUCGCCAGCAGUUAAUUGAUGAAAAUACAAAGAUAAUCAAAGAUUUGGAAAACGCUACGAAACAUCUGACAAUCUUACAGCAAGAGAAUGAUUUAUUAAAAGAAAAAUAUGUAAACCAAAGUUAUGUUGUAGAUGAAAUGUUAUCGAAACUUGUGAAUGUCAGUGUAACCUCUUCAGAGCUAUCAAAGCUGAAUGAAAAUUUGACAGACCAAUUUCAGAGUUUGUCGAACAGUCAGGAGCACCUAUUGAAGAAUUACCAUGUCUUACUUGACCAGUAUUUAGCUUUCACUAGCCAAGAUAAGGCCAAUUUUGUUGAAAAACAUGACUUUAACGAGGCUUUAAGUAGAGUUAAUAAAAGCUUACUGUAUGCGAAUGAAAGCAUUCACAACAUAACUCUGCAGACGUCGCUGAAUCGUGAAAAAAUAUUGAAAACAGAUAUUCAGCUUGGAUUCUCUUUGAGAGAAGUCGACAAAGCAGCCUCCAGAAAGAACCGGCUUAAAUUUGAGACUUCACUUUUUAACACAGACCACGUGUUCAACUUGUCAACCGGAGAAUUCGUCUGCACUCGAGCUGGUGUCUAUUUCUUUACAACGACAAUUGUACGUGAGCCUGGAAUACUUCAAUCUUACUGUGCCAUAGGUAUAACACGAAGGAAUACUAAUUAUAGUAUUUGGACACAGGCAACUAAUGGUCAAGCGAGCAGUACUUCUGGAUAUGCGUCUGGUACAACUUCACUCCUGUAUCAUCUUAAUGUUGGCGAUAAGGCGUUUCUGUAUGAAUGCAAUGGUAUAGAUCAUAUGUAUUGGACUUCGAGUUUUAGUGGGUUCCUAAUUUUUCCAGACUAAAGCUCAAGUAAUUAUCAAAUCGGAUUAAAGUAAAUGCUGAUAGAAAUACUGAAUAAAGAUAAGAUAAUUUGA